UAAUGCUGAAGUUUUCUAGUGGCUGAUGCAAACCUGGAUUUUUACCUCAUCAUUAGUAGCAGUAGCUCCACGCAGCAGAAGCAGUAAUUCUGGGUGUUACAAGAGGGGCUGGAUCAUAAUGACAAGGCAGUUGGCAGGGAGUGAAAAGCAGGUAUCUAAAAGAGAGUGGGUUCAUCCAACAGUAAAGUACAGAGACAGCUGCCUGCUGUGGGGCUACAAGAAAAGCUUGAGAUUUAGCUGCCAGCCCUCACUCUGCCCUGUUUGAACAGCCACAGUUUGAUGUAAUCUGAAGGCAAAGAACUUUGCUAUGGGCCGUAAACCUGUUAAUCCCAGCAUCUCCAAUGGAGGUUAUGCUAAAAGGGAUUCUUCUGGACAGUUUGACAUUUCGGACUGCAACAACACAACAGUUAGUGAUAAAGUGGAGCUGAAAAAGAAAGUAACUUUGCUCAGAGGAAUCUCACUUAUAACUGGAACAAUUAUUGGAGCUGGCAUCUUUAUUUCACCAAAAGGUAUCCUCAAGAAUAGUGGAAGUGUGGGGAUGUCACUCAUAAUCUGGACUGCCUGCGGAGUGCUGUCACUUUUUGGUGCACUCUCUUAUGCCGAACUUGGCACAUGCAUCAAAAAGUCUGGUGGUCAUUAUACCUACAUCCUGGAAGCUUUUGGUCCACUGGCAGCCUUUGUCAGACUAUGGGUGGAGGUCCUUGUGAUACGCCCCGCUGCUACUGCUGUAAUAUCUUUGGCCUUUGGCCAGUACAUACUGCAGCCAUUAUUUAUGCCAUGUGAGGUACCUGAGCUACUAAUGAAGAUUGUCACAUCCAUUGGAAUUACCUCUGUCAUGUAUUUAAACAGCAUGAGUGUGUCCUGGAGUGCUCGCAUUCAGAUUUUUCUUACAUUCUGCAAACUUUUGGCAAUGUUAAUUAUCAUCUUUCCUGGAUUGUUUCAACUGUUCAAAGGUGAAACCCAGAAUUUUCAUAAUGCGUUUGGUGUAAAUGAAGUCCCCGUCAUGGGAUUGCCUCUUGCUUUUUAUUCAGGAAUGUAUGCCUACGCUGGAUGGUUCUAUUUGAAUUUUGUGACGGAAGAAGUUGAAAAUCCUGAAAAAACUGUUCCUCUUGCUAUAUGCCUGUCAAUGGUGAUUGUAACAUUUAGCUAUGUGCUAAUAAAUGUGGCUUAUUAUGCUGUAUUGACUGCCGAUGAGAUGCUUGCCUCAGAUGCUGUUGCAAUGAGCUUUGCUACAAAAUUAAUGGGGAAAUUUUCCAUAGCUGUUCCAAUAUUUGUUUCUCUUUCUUGCUACGGAUCAAUGAAUGGUGGCAUAUUUGCUGUUUCUAGGAUGUUUUAUGCUGCUUCUCGUGAGGGUCACUUACCUGAACUGUUGUCCAUGGUUCAUAUCCGAAAACAUACACCAUUACCUGCAGUUAUUUUUCUGUACCCUCUAACAAUACUAAUGCUGUUUGUGGGAGACAUUUACAGUUUGCUAAAUUUUAUGAGCUUUGUCAGGUGGCUAUUCAUUGGAAUUGUCAUUGUGGGACUUAUAUACCUGAGAUAUAAACAACCACAAAUGCAUCGUCCUUUUAAGGUUCCUCUGUUCAUUCCAGCUUUAUUUUGUUUUAGCUGCUUUCUUAUGGUUGGACUUUCAUUGUACUCAGAUCCCAUCAACACAGGGAUUGGUUUUGGUAUUACACUUACAGGAAUUCCAGCUUAUUAUAUCUUUAUUGUAUGGAACAAAAAGCCAAAAAUUAUACAGAAGUUUACAGAUUCAACAACAAGGACACUGCAGAUUAUUCUUGAAGUUGUGUCACCUGAAUAGCAAAGGAAAUUACAUGUUACCGUGUAACAGUGACAUAAAGCUUAAAAUCAUUUUAUAUGAAGCACCACAAGUUGAAGGAUUAUACACUGGAAAGUUUUUCUCUUCAGGAGGAAAUGACAAACCUCAAAAGCUCAAAACUAUAGGGUUUUAGAUAUAACAUGAGGCCAAACGCAAAAGCAUCAGGCUUAACUUACUAUUGUAUAUACCAAGACAAAAACAAAAGAACAGCGAAAUGUUUAUAAUAGCCAUUUACAUUACCGAAUUAAUGUACUAAUGUAAAAUCCAAAUUGUAGCAAAGUACAUGGAAAAUAAAUUGAUUGCUCUUGCAGUAUUUUCAUAUAGCUGUGGAAAGUCAAUCAAUAGCUUUAUUAAUUUAACCAUUAAAUGGAUGUUGUAAAUUUAUAAACUAGAACAUUGCAAGUCUUUGCAGUGCUUUUUUUUAAGUCGAAUUAUCAGCAAAACCCUCUGUUUGUUUGUAUUAUGGUAAAUAAAAUAUAUGGUCAUAAAAAGGCAUUUCACUUGCAAAGCAAUGUUAAAAUAAUAUUAAAUAUUAUUUUUUUGGUUCAUGGAAUAUAUAUUCCAAAUUCACAAAAAAUGAAAAAUUGCAACAAGACAUACCAUAUUUUUGUAUUAUGUAGCUCAUUUUAUUGGAAAUAUUGAGGGAAUACAAUGGUGCUACACAGUGUUUUGCCACCUUGCCCUGAAUGUGUGGAGCAGAUGCAAUAUGCAGAGAAGCCUCUCUAGAUCGACCUGAGUUUCUUCCAUAUACCUGCUCCAUUUUUCUCUUUUUUAAAAAUGUUCAUAGUUUAUGAGAGGUCAUUAUGGUGUCAUAAUAAAUGUUUUGUAAUUUAAAGUCUAAUACUGUAUAUCACAUUUAGCCCAAGUAACAAAGAAUGAGGCUGCUUGUUGACAAAGACUGCUAUUUAAGUAGUUAUUGAAAUAAAACAUUCAAAUCAUAACAUUAUAAUCCAAAAUUGAGGGGGAUUUUAUCCCAGCAGCUUUGGGUACAAAGGAGAAACCAACUGUAGACAGGCUAUUAGUUAAUUACAGGAUCCUCUCACAAAUGCGCAGAAACAGCCACAGUCACACUCAUUACCCUAACUUGCCCACCUUGGAUUAAGAUUGAUAUUUCAGGGGGUGCUGUUCUGCACUUUUUGCCGCUGGGGCAUAUGUCUUUUUUUUCUUAAGUAAAUCGUCAAGUUUAAAAUGUAGAUUCAUGUAAUUUCUGUUGAUUAAAGAUUUAAUUAAUUAUACCUAACACUGUUAUGUAGUGGUCACUAUUUUUUGCACAUUGUGUACUGCUUUCCUUGUCUGCUUAUUCACUGCCUUCCCUAUCUAUCUAGCGCCUUUCACAUCUAUCUCUACUCUCACUGCCUGCUUGCCUGCAUGCAACAUCUGUUGAUUGAUAUAUGAUAAUUAUGUAAUUAUUGAUAUAUUGAUAUGAUAUAAAUUUCUUUUUGACAUACAUCUCUGAGUUAAAAAUACAUAUACAGUAUAUAUAAAAUAAAACUACUAUAUAGCUAAUACUGUUAUCUAUCUAUCUAGUGCUUUCUCUGUCUGCCUAUUAUACUGUAUAGUGCUUUCCCUGUUUUUUUCCUGACAGUUUUAUAUCUAUUAUACCGUGCCUUCCCUAUCUAUCAGUUUAUCUAGUGCCUUUCACAUCUAUAUGUACUCCCACUGCCUACUUACCUUCCUGAAACAUCUGGGGCCUCAUGUAUAAACGGUGCGUACGCACAGAAAUGUUGCGUAAGAGCUUUUCCACGUUCAAA